AUGCAAUCACGCAGUUUACCGGAACGUGUUCAGGAGUCAGAACUACAGGUAACCAUUCAUGAUAACAUCACUGUCCACAUCGAGCCACUCGAAUGCCGGGAGGAAUCCUCGCCACAAGUUUGGGUGACCAAGAGGACCCUCGGUCGCGGAGGCGACGGUACCGUCUUUUUGCAGCAAAAGGUUGAAGGGCCCGGCACCAUCGAUAUGCUCGCCGUUAAACAGAUGAGCCUCGACCAUGAUCUUGCGUCCGAAGACCACAAUAGCAAAAGAUAUGUACGCGAGCUCGAGGCAUUAGCCAAGUUUGGGCAGCCAAGAUAUUCACGCUACUUUGUGAGAUCAUAUGGUUGGUAUCAAAACGCUGGCUGGCUCUAUAUCUGUAUGGAGUACUGCAAGUACCUGGACCUUGGAAAGCAUCUGAAUAUCUAUGGAGCUCUAUCGGAAGAAAGUGCUAGAGCGAUUGCUCUACAAGUACUUCGGGGACUAUUCCAGAUGCACGAAAACAAAAUCGCCCAUCGAGGCAUAAAACCUGCUUGGGUUGUGCUUGGCGAUCUCGGUCUUAGUCGACACGGCGAUCUUUCUUCAGGAUCGACUACGAUACGUGGUACUCCAAGCUACAUGGCCCCAGAGACUAUUGGGGCACCUUUUUUAGGUCGACCAAACGACGCAGACCCAUUUCGAGCUGAUAUGUGGUGCUUAGGGGAGACGAUAGCAUAUGCUCUAACGGGACAGAAUACGUUCUCUGGCAGUAAACAACUGCUCAGCUACCAGAGACACAGCAUACUCUUUCCUGACAGCGCUUUGAAGCAGUCAUCAGCAAGUGUUGACGCAAUCGACUUUGUUCGCUCUCUACUGCAAGCGGAUCCUUUGCGGAGACCAACUGCCUCUCAAGCACUUCAUCACCCUUGGAUCAAUGGUAAUCGCGCCCCACAGUCGCAACCACGCAAAAACUUCAUUGAGCUUAUAUCUGGUCACACCAAAAACGCUUCCAAUCGAGGGUUUACAAAUGUGGAUAGGAUUACAGAAGCUUCGGCACAAUGGACGCAGACGGUGUCGAUGAGAGCAAGUUCAACAAGCAGAAAAAGUUCGCAUAUGAGAAAGGCAAAGGCAAAUGCAGAGAGGCAACCUGCAAAAGCGCAAUAUGAACUUAAGAAAUUUACAGAGGAGUUCAGGAAAAGACUUUCUGUCUAA